AUGACUGGCGGCUCCGGCGGCGGUCGCGAUCGCAACGGAGGCGAUUCAUACAGACCCGGACAACAACAGCAGCAGCACGGUAGCGCUCCUAGCAGGAGUGACUUCACAUUCACCAGCAAUACACAAGGUCCCAGCUUCCCUCCUGCGCCGCCCCCAGAGCGCGCAGCGCGUCGCAAUGGUGGGCGCGGGCGCGGCGGUCCAUCCAACAUGCAUGGCAAUCGCCCUGCCACGCGCAGCGGUGGUGCUCCCCCAUCUCAUUAUCGCGGAGGCAGACGCAACAACCGGGGAGGCUUCCGACCUCAGGCGGCACACGAACGCGCCCUCCUCCAGACCCGCAAUGACGACACUGAGCACUUCCUUGGCGUAGAAGCGAAGUCGAACAAGUUCCGUGAUCUAGCAGAGCUGUCAGAUGAUGAAGAAGCUGAUAUGGAUGUCUCUGACGACAGCGAUAAAUCAGAAGGUGAAGUCGUUGGAGCCCAGAGCAAAUCCAAGGCUGUCCGUACGCAAUCGAGCAGUCGUGCAGAUGGUGACUCUGUGCCCAAGUGGUCCAACCCUGACCCAUACACUGUUCUGCCGCCUCCCGAAGAGACGACCGGCAAGAGAAUUGACUUUGUCAAGCUCAUUCGCAAGGCUAAGAACGAAGCUGCUGAACAGAGCAAUGGUAUCAACGCCGUUGCCGCCAACGAUGAUUUCAUUUCGUUCGGCGACGAUGACGAUUUCCAAUCUCCUGCAGCGCCGCCUAGUGUACUUGCAUCCCAAGCCGAGCCUCUGCAAGGCUCGCUCAAUGAUGUUGCAGCUGCUAGUUCGGCUCUGUCUGCAGAUGUGUGGAGUAGGCACGCAGGAGACUCAGCAAAUGUGCCAGUGAGGCCUCCACUUCCACCUAGCAGUCUCCCCGCGCGGCCUACGUUCACGAGCAGCUCCGCGAGCAGCUCCAGAAAACGUAAGCAUCCUGCCGAUUACACCGGAAUGAAAGACGUGUGGCAACCCAAAGAUCACAAAGAGCCCGCGCCUUGGGCUUACCGUGAAGACUACGAACGUCUUCGAGACCAACCCGAGAAAUUACUUCACAAUGAGAUAUCCGACUUCUACGACUUCGUAGCACCUUCAGACCAUGACAACGAGGUCCGCAUCGACUUGAUUCGUAGGGUUCAGUCGGUUAUUGGUGGUGAAUUCCAGUCACACCGGGGUAGCAUCCGCUGUUUCGGCUCGUUCCCUGUCGGUCUAUAUCUGCCAACGGCUGACAUGGACCUUGUCUUUGUCUCGGACUCACACUAUAAUGGCGGACCUCCAAAGCUUCAAGCUGCCAAGAAUGCCAUGUUUAAUCUUGCCAAGAAGCUGAAAUUCAACCAGGUUGGCUAUGAAACUUUCGUCAUUCCGAAGGCACGGGUUCCCAUCAUCAAAUUCAAGGACGUUGCGACAGAUCUUCCGGUUGACAUUUCAUUCGAAAAUAAGAGUGGAUUAAUUGCACAAUCUACCCUGGCCAAGUGGAAGAAACAAUUCGGAGAUCAUUUCACCACCUUAAUUGCCCUUACAAAGCAACUUCUGGAAAUGUAUGGUCUCAACGACAAUAGCACUGGUGGCCUAGGUGGCUUAAGCAUCUGCUGUCUCGUUGCGAGCUUCUUGCAACUCCACGAGUUGCCAGAAAACCUUGGUCAAACCUUCCUCCAAUUUCUGGAUUUCUUUGGCAACAAGUUUGAUUACAGCCGCGACAGGAUUGUAGUCGAUCCAGCAAGCAUUGUUCGCAAAGGACGACAUGGUGUUGAUGGCCGAGAGGAGCGAGCAGACCGUUUGUCCAUUCAAGAUCCUAACGAUCCAAAGAACAACAUCUCUGGUGGAUCAUACAAAGCCGACAAAUGCUUGGAGCUAUUUUCCUGGGCUCAUAGAGUUCUUGUCGAACGCAUGGACACGAUCCAUAUGCGUACCUUCCAUGAGAUUAGCAUUCUCGAAUCCGUACUCGGUGGCGAUUACUCCACCUACAUGAAGCAGAGGGAGCGCAUGCGGAACAUACGGACACAGUAA